GUCUACAGAAAGUAAUCAUUCAGUCAAGUUCGUGUGCUGCAUUUAUUCACUUCGGAAGUUAUUUCCUGAGCUAUUUUAACGUAAUAUUUUACAAGCUGAUUUACUAUUUAUUGUACUGAUAUUCAGAUACGACAAGAUUAAUUGAGAGAAGUGAUAUAAUUAAAAUUAAUACUUCAAUAAAAACUCAAUUAAAUAACUUUAAACAAAAAUAAAGUGUAGGUUGUGUUUCAAUUCAGCGUGGAAGUCGUGAAUCAAGUGGAUAAAUUCAAUCAAGCGACCAACCAUGGCUGCUAUGUCCGUCAUUGGAAUCGACUUCGGUAACGAGAGUUGCUAUAUUGCUGUAGCAAGAGCUGGUGGUAUUGAAACAAUAGCUAAUGAUUACAGCUUAAGAAAUACACCAUCAUGUGUAGCAUUCACUCAGAAAAAUCGAGUUCUUGGAGUAGCUGCCAAGAACCAAAUGGUCACCAACAUGAAAAAUACCAUUCAUGGAUUCAAGAGAUUAUUAGGAAGAAAGUAUUUCGACCCUCAAGUCCAAACUGAACUUCGUAGUUUAACUUACAAAACUUCUAAACAACCUGAUGGCAGUAUUGGUAUUCAUGUUCAAUAUUUGGGAGAAGAGCAUGUAUUUACUCCUGAACAAAUAACAGCAAUGUUAUUUACAAAAUUAAAAGAGGUUUCAGAGCAUGCUCUUCAAACAGCAGUUAAUGACUGUGUUAUCUCAGUACCUUCUUAUUUUACUCAAGCUGAACGUCACGCUCUUUUGGAUGCCGCUCGUAUUGCUGGGUUGAAUGUUUUACGUUUGUUUAACGAAACCACGGCGACAGCUCUUUGCUAUGGAAUAUAUAAACAGGAUUUACCUCCACCAGAAUCUCCACCACGGAAUGUUGUAUUUGUAGAUUGUGGAUAUGCUAGUCUUCAAGUCUGCAUUUGUGCUUUCCACAAAGGCAAAUUAAAGAUGUUAGCCUGUGCGUCAGAUAGCAACUUGGGUGGCAGAGACAUUGAUACAAUUCUUGCACAUCAUUUCGCCAAGGAUUUCCAAGCUCGCUACAAGAUUGAUGCUUUUUCAAACCCCCGAGCAUAUUUACGAUUGCUUGCGGAAGUAGAAAAAUUGAAAAAACAGAUGUCAGCUAACUCAACGAAGCUUCCACUUAAUAUCGAAUGCUUUAUAGAUGAAAAAGAUGUUCACGGUGAUAUGAAACGGGAAGAUAUGGAGGCUAUGUGUGCUCAUCUUUUUGAUCGUGUUGAAGCAGUAUUAAAAAAGUGCCUUCAUGACUCCGAGUUGAAACUUGAUGAUAUUCAUUCAGUAGAGAUUGCUGGUGGUUCUUCUAGAAUUCCAGCGAUCAAACGAUUGAUUGAAUCAGUCUUUAAAAAGCCUGCAUCAACAACUCUCAAUCAAGAUGAAUCUGUCGCACGUGGUUGUGCUCUCCAAUGUGCUAUGCUCAGCCCAGCUGUUCGAGUACGUGAAUUUUCUAUUACUGAUAUUCAACCAUAUCCUAUUAAAUUGACAUGGGACCCAGUUGAAGGAGAACAAGGUGAAAUAGAAAUCUUUUCAUACAACCAUCAAUUCCCAUUCUCCAAGUACUUAACGCUUAAAAGAAGUAAUCCAUUCACUCUAAAUGCCAGCUAUAUGAUUCAACCACCAAAUUAUCCUCAAGCUCAUAUUGGUUCUUUCGCCAUUAAAAAUGUAAAGCCAACACCUGAGGGAGAUCCAUCUAAAGUGAAGAUUAAGGUGAGAUUAAAUCUGAACGGAAUAUUGACAGUAGCAUCAGCCUCAUUGAUCGAAAAACGUGAAUUAACUCAAGAAGAGAAAGAAGAAGAAGAAAAACAAUCCCAACAACAACAAGCCAAUAAUAUGGAUGUAGAUCAACAGCAACAAUCGCAACAAAACCAAGACAAAACUGAUCAAGAUGCUCAAGCUAACGAACCACCCGCUCAAGAGGUUAACGCGGAAAAAGGAGGGCGAGACUCAGAUGCAGACGAUGAUGGAAAAAGUAAAAAGUCCCAGCGCUACUCCUCGAGGAUUCGCUCUUGGUUCAGCUCGGGUGAAGAUAAAGCAGAAGAUAAAAAUAAAAAGAAAGUUCCAGUACGUCAUAUUGAACUUCCAGUGGAAAUUCAAGCAGGUGGUUUACCCCAAGAACAGUUACAUCUUGCAAUUGAGAAAGAAGCUAAAAUGGUUGCUGAAGACAAACAUGAAAAAGAACGAGUCGAUGCACGGAAUGCAUUAGAGGAAUACGUUUAUGACUUACGAAGUAAAAUUUUCGACGAUACUCAAUUAGCAAAAUUCGUUACUGAUGAGGAAAGAGAAAAACUCAGCAGAGUCCUUGAAGAGACUGAAAAUUGGCUUUAUGAUCAAGGCGAAGAUUGUAGUAGACAAAUUUACAGUGAUCGAUUAACUGAACUCAAGUCUCAAGGAGAACCUAUUAAAGAAAGACAAAGUGAAUUCGAAGGUAGACAAUAUGCUCUAAAUGACCUUGCUAGUGCUCUUCAACUUGCAAAGAAGAAUUAUGAACAGAUCAAAGCUUCAUAUGGAAAGGACGAUAAAUAUUCUCAUCUAACCGAAGAAGAUAUCGAAAAACUCAACAAAGCUAUUCAAGAAAAAUGGUCGUGGUUAGAAGAAGCUUAUUCGGUAUUUGCUAGUACACCACGAACACAAUUAGCAAGUAUCACUGUAGUACAAAUUCGCAGCAUGAAACAGGCUCUAGAUAGUACGGUGUCGCCAAUUAUCAACAAACCAAAGCCCAAAGCAGAACCCCCUAAAAAUGAAAAGACAAAAGAAAAAUCAGCUGAAGAACAAAAAAAUCAUCAGAAUUCACAAAAAAACUCUGAAAAUGAUGUCAAUCAACAAUCUCCAAAGGAUGAUAAAAUGGAUGUCGAGUAAUAAUUCGACUUAAAUUAUUUAUAAGUUAAAAUUCACCUAAUAUUAAUUACAAGUAAUGACGAGUACUUAAAUGAAUUAUUCUCGUCAACACGCAAGCGUCUGAAUCCUCACGAUAAAAGCGAGUAUAACAGCGCGUUUUGUUGCAUUUUUGUUAAAUUUGUCUAAAUAAUACCUCUACCAUUCUAAAAUUUUAUUUGUCGAAACUUUUUCUACCUCAGUAGAGUGUUGUCAAACGAAACAAAGGUAAAUAAUACCUUUAUUAAGAACUAUAAUUUUGAAAAGUAACUAUUAAUUCAUCCGAAUCAUAUAACUUUAAUCUUAAAGUCAAUUAAAAAUUGAUUUUUUUUAUAAAUGAUCGGCCUUAUUCAUCAUGUAGUGAGGAGAUUUUUCGAUACAUUUCGGACGCUGUGUAUUUGCCAGUAGAAAUAAAUGGACACUUGCAGCUUAUGAACGUACAAAGGAACUGUAACUUGAGCUGUUGACUUGCUAGCUAAAUUUAAAAGAUUGAUAUCGCUGGCGAUUUUAUGUAUUUAAUUAUGAUAUCAAAUAUUCAUUCCAUCAAUAGCUAAAAAAGAAAAAUCUCAAAAAGUAUAUCUGUGUUGCAUUUAUGGUGAAAUAAAAUCAUUGUCGAAUAAAGAGAAAA